AUGGGCGUUCAAAAAAUCUCUGCGGUUAACUCGAAAAAUCUAGCUAAAUUAGUAGACACCUUUUUAGAAAAUUUAGCCGCAUUGAAAACUUUAGGCCUUCCCACUGAGCAUUGGGAUUUCAUUAUGUUCAAUUUGCUUUUGUCGAAAUUAGAUGUUGAUUCCAUUAAGCUAUUCGAGUUGAAAAAUAAGUCUAAUGAAAUUCCUUCAUUUAAAAAAUUAGUAGCGUUCAUCGAAACCCAAUACAUCGCAUAUGAUAAUUUAGACAGUAGUAUAGGUGAGGGAAAGAAGUCGUCGCGGGCCCCAAAUAGCACGGAGCCAAGGGCCAACUCCAGACACCAAACUGGUGAUUCAAGGCACAAUCGUAGUAGCUCGUCGUUCGUAACAAAUUCGUCUUCAGUAUGUUGCGCUCUAUGCAAACAAAGCCAUUAUCUCAACCAGUGUUCGUUGUUCUUGAAAAAAUCGCCAAAAGAGAGAUAUCAGUUUUGUAAAGAGUCUUCUUCCUGUUUUAAGUGUCUUAAUCAGGCUAAUCAUUCAGUCAAGUCGUGUCCUAAAUCCUUCAGAUGUAGCAAAUGUAGUAGUCAUCUCCAUAAUAGUUUGUUACACUUCGAGAGAAACCGUUCCAAUAGUCAGUCGUCCUCAGAAAAUAAUAGUCCAGGGACAUCGGGAAUCGAAUCGUCUCCUGAAGUAUCCCAUUGUGCAGCUAGUUUUGUAGGAAAUAAAAAUGAAACCAAAAAGGAAAUCUUGAAACAACCCUUGAGAUGUCUUAUUGAUUCCGGUUCGAUGAGUUCGUUCAUUAGUCGAAAGGCUGCCAAUCAAUUGGGAUGGCCUAAAACUCCUUGCUCGUUCGAAGUUAACGGACUCAAUUCGAUGCAAACGAAACUGAAUCAGGGGCAAAUAAGUUUCUCUAUCCAACCUCGUCAUCAGGAGUCACCGGUGUUUCAUUUGGAGGCUAUUAUUACAGAUCGGGUUUGCUCGGAUUUGCCCAGCACCCAUAUAGAUAUUUCUGCUUGGAAUUAUAUUAAAAAUUUGAAGUUAGCUGAUCCCAAAUUUAAUUGUAGUCAAUCGGUCGAUUUGUUAAUUGGUUGUAGUAUAUUUUCGAAGGUGUUGUUAGAGGGUAAAAUUGAAGGUAAACCGGGACAACCUGAUGCCCUAAAUACCGUUUUUGGAUAUAUUUUGUUGGGCCCAACUAGCACACCUAACCUUUCGUCAACUUGUUCUUCUUCUUCGUCGCUUGUUUGUCUUUCAAAUGUGAAAGACUCGUUAGAUUCUUCGUUAAGGAAAUUUUUGGGAACUGGAGAACAUACCGGAAGAGCCAGUUUCAGAACCGGAAGACGUUCUGUACGAAACCAUGUAUCGGGAAACACAUAG